AUGCCUAACAACUCAAAACCACUGAAUUUUACUUUGCCUGAAGUACUUUCAUUAAUUAUCAAUCCACUAAACAGAUCAAUACCAUCUCGUUUUUCACUUGUUACACCAAUCGGUACAAUAAUCGAUGAACUCUUCAUCGAAAACUGGGCAAAUAUCACCAGCUAUGAGGUCUAUUAUAACACAUGUGCACCGAUCAUAUGUAAUUAUAAAUAUACUCAACGUAGAGGUAUUUUGUAUAUGAUUACAUCACUGCUUUCUCUCUAUGGUGGACUUACUAACAGCUUACAAUUUAUUGUUUGGAACGGUAUGAAAUUAUAUCGAAAAAUAAAAUCAGCUCGACGUAUUCAUCAAGGAACCGAUGCAUCACAAAAUAACGCGAAUUAG